AGAUUUGGACCAAGCCAGCAUGGAAGCAGUGGUCUCUCUCCUUGCUGGGCUUCCACUACAGCCUGAAGAGGGAGAUGGUGUUGAGUUGAUGGAAGCGAAAUCUCAGUUAUUUCUUAAAUAUUUCACACUGUUUAUGAACCUUCUCAAUGACUGUAGUGAAGUUGAAGAUGAAAGUGCACAAACAGGUGGCAGGAAGCGUGGGAUGUCUCGAAGGCUGGCUUCGCUACGGCACUGCACUGUUCUUGCUAUGUCCAAUUUACUCAAUGCAAAUGUGGACAGCGGUCUUAUGCACUCAAUAGGCUUGGGCUAUCAUAAAGACCUCCAAACAAGAGCUACGUUUAUGGAAGUCCUCACCAAAAUUCUGCAGCAGGGAACAGAAUUUGAUACGUUAGCAGAAACAGUGCUAGCAGAUCGGUUUGAGAGAUUGGUGGAGUUGGUUACAAUGAUGGGUGAUCAGGGGGAGCUUCCUAUUGCUAUGGCUUUAGCCAAUGUGGUGCCUUGUUCUCAGUGGGAUGAGCUAGCUCGUGUCCUGGUCACACUCUUUGAUUCCCGGCACUUGCUCUACCAGCUACUCUGGAAUAUGUUUUCAAAGGAAGUUGAACUGGCAGAUUCCAUGCAGACACUCUUCCGAGGAAACAGCUUAGCCAGUAAAAUAAUGACUUUCUGUUUUAAGGUAUAUGGUGCUACCUAUUUACAGAAGCUUUUGGAGCCUUUAUUAAGGACUGUGAUCACAUCUUCUGAAUGGCAGCACGUUAGCUUUGAGGUGGAUCCAACAAGGCUGGAGCCUACAGAAAGCCUUGAAGAGAACCAGCGGAGUCUCUUGCAAAUGACAGAAAAAUUUUUUCAUGCAAUCAUUAAUUCUUCUUCGGAGUUCCCACCACAACUUCGCAGUGUGUGCCAUUGUUUAUACCAGGCAACUUGCCACUCUCUACUGAAUAAAGCUACCGUAAAAGAAAAAAAGGAAAACAAAAAAUCAGUGGUUAGCCAGCGAUUUCCUCAGAACAGCAUCGGAGCAGUUGGAAGUGCCAUGUUCCUUCGGUUCAUCAAUCCUGCCAUCGUCUCCCCUUACGAGGCGGGGAUCUUAGAUAAAAAACCUCCACCAAGAAUUGAAAGGGGAUUGAAACUGAUGUCAAAGAUACUCCAGAGUAUUGCCAACCAUGUCCUGUUUACAAAAGAAGAACAUAUGCGGCCUUUCAAUGAUUUUGUAAAGAGCAAUUUCGAUGCAGCACGGAGGUUUUUCCUUGAUAUUGCAUCUGAUUGCCCAGCUAGUGACACUGUCAAUCACAGCCUGUCUUUCAUCAGUGAUGGCAAUGUCCUCGCUUUGCACCGCUUGCUGUGGAACAAUCAGGAGAAAAUUGGCCAGUACCUUUCCAGCAACAGGGACCACAAGGCUGUUGGAAGACGACCUUUUGACAAGAUGGCUACUCUUCUUGCCUACCUGGGUCCUCCUGAGCACAAACCCGUGGCAGAUACCCAUUGGUCCAGUUUAAAUCUCACGAGUUCCAAGUUUGAAGAAUUUAUGACAAGGCAUCAGGUACAUGAAAAAGAGGAGUUCAAGGCACUGAAAACUUUAAAUAUUUUCUACCAAGCUGGGACAUCAAAAGCUGGCAAUCCUGUUUUCUACUACAUUGCUCGGCGAUUCAAGACUGGUCAGAUCAAUGGAGAUUUACUGAUAUACCACGUCCUGCUCACUCUGAAGCCAUACUAUGCAAAGCCAUAUGAAAUUGUAGUGGACCUCACACACGCCGGCCCCAGUAAUCGCUUUAAAACAGACUUUCUUUCUAAAUGGUUUGUAGUUUUUCCAGGCUUUGCUUAUGAAAACGUCUCAGCAGUUUUUAUUUAUAACUGUAACUCUUGGGUCAGAGAAUACACCAAAUACCACGAAAGGCUCUUGACAGGUUUGAAAGGAAGCAAAAGGCUUAUUUUCAUAGACUGUCCAGGGAAACUGGCAGAGCACAUUGAACACGACCAGCAGAAACUCCCAGCAGCUACCUUGGCUUUGGAGGAGGACUUGAAAGUGUUCCACAAUGCUCUCAAACUGGCUCAUAAAGACACCAAAGUUUCUAUUAAAGUUGGGUCGACAGCUGUGCAGGUGACAUCAGCAGAACGAACAAGAGUCCUGGGACAAACAGUGUUUUUAAAUGAUAUUUACUAUGCCUCUGAAAUUGAGGAAAUCUGUCUUGUUGAUGAGAACCAGUUUACCUUAACCAUUGCCAACCAAGGCACACCACUCACCUUCAUGCACCAGGAGUGUGAAGCCAUCGUUAGGUCCAUCAUUCACAUACGGACACGGUGGGAGCUGUCGCAGCCAGACUCCAUCCCACAGCACACUAAAAUCCGUCCCAAGGAUGUGCCUGGAACGCUACUGAACAUCGCGCUGCUCAACCUGGGAAGCUCAGACCCCAGUUUGCGGUCUGCUGCCUAUAAUCUUCUAUGUGCCUUAACCUGUACCUUUAAUUUAAAGAUUGAGGGCCAGUUACUGGAAACUUCAGGUCUGUGUAUUCCUGCCAACAACACUCUGUUUAUUGUAUCUAUUAGUAAGACUCUUGCAGCUAAUGAACCUCACCUUACCUUAGAGUUCUUGGAGGAGUGUAUCUCUGGAUUUAGCAAAUCUAGUAUUGAGCUGAAACAUCUCUGUCUGGAGUACAUGACUCCCUGGCUGUCCAAUCUGGUCCGAUUCUGUAAACACAAUGAUGAUGCCAAGCGCCAGCGAGUCACUGCCAUUCUCGAUAAGCUGAUAACGAUGACAAUAAAUGAAAAACAGAUGUAUCCUUCUAUUCAGGCUAAGAUCUGGGGAAGUCUUGGACAGAUAACAGAUCUCCUUGAUGUAGUGCUGGACAGCUUCAUCAAAACGAGUGCCACGGGGGGCUUGGGAUCCAUAAAAGCUGAGGUUAUGGCAGACACAGCUGUAGCACUUGCUUCUGGAAAUGUAAAAUUGGUUUCAAGUAAAGUGAUUGGAAGGAUGUGUAAAAUAAUCGACAAGACCUGUCUGUCUCCAACUCCUACCCUGGAACAGCAUCUGAUGUGGGACGACAUCGCUAUUCUGGCACGUUACAUGCUGAUGCUCUCCUUCAACAACUCUCUGGACGUGGCAGCACAUCUCCCCUACCUCUUCCACGUGGUUACUUUGUUGGUGGCCACUGGUCCCCUUUCUCUCAGAGCUUCCACCCAUGGUCUCGUCAUCAACAUCAUUCAUUCUCUUUGCACCUGUUCGCAGCUUCACUUUAGUGAGGAGACCAAGCAAGUUUUAAGGCUGAGCUUGACUGAGUUCUCUCUGCCCAAAUUUUAUUUGCUGUUUGGGAUCAGCAAAGUGAAAUCGGCCGCAGUGAUAGCGUUCCGAUCCAGCUAUCGAGACAGAUCGUUUUCACCUGGCUCCUAUGAACGGGAGACUUUCGCACUGACUUCAUUGGAAACUGUUACUGAGGCUUUGUUGGAGAUCAUGGAGGCUUGUAUGAGGGAUAUUCCAACGUGCAAGUGGCUGGACCAGUGGACUGAACUAGCUCAGAAGUUUGCAUUCCAAUAUAACCCAUCCCUGCAGCCCAGAGCACUUGUUGUCUUUGGCUGUAUAAGUAAACGUGUCUCUCAUGGACAAAUAAAACAAAUAAUCCGAAUUCUUAGCAAGGGACUUGAGAGCUGUUUAAAAGGCCCCGAUAAUUACAACAGCCAAGUUCUAAUAGAAGCUACAGUUAUCGCACUCACCAAGCUGCAGCCUCUUCUUAAUAAGGACUCUCCUAUGCACAAGGCCCUUUUCUGGGUAGCCAUGGCAGUGCUGCAGCUGGAUGAAGUGAACUUGUACUCAGCAGGUACAGCUCUGCUAGAGCAGAACCUGCACACCUUGGACAGCCUUCGGGUGUUCAAUGACAAGAGCCCAGAAGAAGUGUUUAUGGAGAUCAGGAGGCCAUUGGAAUGGCACUGCAAGCAGAUGGACCAUUUUGUUGGGCUAAAUUUCAACUCCAACUUUAACUUUGCACUAGUGGGACACCUCCUGAAAGGGUACAGGCAUCCUUCUCCUACCACUGUAGCAAGAACAGUAAGGAUUUUACAUACACUACUAACUCUGGUUAACAAACACAGGAACUGUGACAAGUUUGAGGUGAACACCCAGAGCGUGGCUUACCUAGCAGCAUUGCUGACAGUAUCUGAGGAAGUUCGAAGUCGCUGCAGCCUAAAACACAGGAAGUCUCUCUUGUUGACAGACGUUUCGAUGGAAAAUGUUCCUAUGGAUACAUAUCCCAUACAUCACAGUGACACUAGCUAUAGGACACUAAAGGAAAAUCAACCAUGGUCAUCACCUAAGGGGUCAGACAGACAUCUGGCUGCCAGUUACCCGACAGUGGGACAGAUAAGCCCUCGAACACGAAAAUCCAUGAGUUUGGAUAUGGGGCAGCCUUCACAAGCGAACACUAAAAAGCUUCUAGGUACAAGGAAAAGUUUUGACCAUUUGAUAUCGGACACAAAGGCUCCUAAAAGGCAAGACAUGGAAUCUGGAAUCACAACGCCUCCCAAAAUGAGGAGAGUAGCCGAAAAUGAUUAUGACAUGGAAACCCAGAGAAUAUCACCACAGCAACACCCACAUCUCCGAAAAGUUUCCGUUUCUGAGUCAAAUGUCCUCCUAGAUGAAGAAGUUCUGACUGACCCAAAAAUUCAAGCACUGCUGCUUACAGUUCUUGCAACGUUAGUGAAGUACACUACUGACGAGUUUGACCAGCGGAUUCUGUAUGAGUAUUUAGCAGAAGCCAGUGUUGUCUUCCCAAAGGUCUUUCCUGUUGUGCAUAAUUUAUUGGAUUCCAAGAUCAAUACCCUUUUAUCGCUGUGCCAGGAUCCAAAUUUGUUGAAUCCAAUUCAUGGGAUUGUUCAGAGUGUUGUCUACCAUGAAGAGUCUCCACCCCAAUACCAAACUUCUUAUUUGCAGAGUUUUGGCUUUAAUGGGCUCUGGAGGUUUGCUGGCCCAUUUUCUAAGCAAACACAAAUCCCAGACUACGCUGAGCUCAUCGUGAAGUUUCUUGAUGCCUUGAUUGACACGUAUUUGCCUGGAAUUGAUGAGGAAACCAGUGAAGAAUCUCUCCUGACACCCACAUCUCCAUAUCCUCCUGCCGUGCAGAGCCAGCUCAGCAUCACUGCUAACCUCAACCUUUCCAAUUCCAUGACCUCGCUCGCGACUUCCCAGCACUCCCCAGCUUCUCUGCCUUGCUCUAAAUCUGCAGUUUUCAUGCAGCUUCCUCAUCAAGGGAUCGACAAGGAGAACGUGGAGCUCUCUCCCACCGCCGGACACUCCAACAGCGGGAGGAUGCGCCACGGCUCCGCCAGCCAAGUGCAAAAGCAGCGAAGUGCCGGCAGUUUCAAACGUCACAGCAUCAAAAAGAUUGUGUGA